CCUUUACCAACCUACUCAUCUGCCUCCUCCUCCUCCUCCUCCUCCUCCUUCCAUAUAUCUACGCCCACCUCCUGUCUUCGAUGGGGCUUCUCUCUCUUGAUCACUCUCUUUCGAUCUCUCCUAUCCUAUCUCUGCGAUCAUUUCAGCUCGAGUUGGGUGGUGGUCUUAUCGUUUUCGCAGAAGUCGAGAAUAAGCCAUGAGAAAGCCUUGCUGCGACAAGGAAGGGAACAACAAGGGAGCCUGGUCCAAGCAAGAGGACCAGAAGCUCAUCGAAUACAUUCGUGUUCACGGGGAAGGCAGUUGGCGCUCUCUCCCCAAGGCUGCAGGGCUUCACCGUUGCGGGAAGAGCUGCAGGCUGAGAUGGAUAAACUACCUGAGGCCCGACAUUAAAAGAGGAAACUUUGCUCAGGAUGAGGAGGACCUCAUCAUCAAGCUCCAUGCCCUCCUCGGCAAUCGGUGGUCGUUGAUUGCUGGAAGGUUGCCCGGAAGAACAGACAAUGAGGUCAAGAAUUACUGGAAUUCCCACAUCAAAAAGAAGCUCAUAGGCAUGGGAAUCGAUCCUAACAAUCACAAGCUAUCCCAAACGACCCCUCCUCAACCUCAGAGCAAUAGUAACGGCUUCCGUGCAGCUACAUCUUCCGGAUCAUCGAUGGAUGUUGAUGCAUGCAAUGUUCAUCAACCCCAUAAAUCCUCCGGCGACAACCAUGUUACAAACUCUGGCCAAAGGCCCUCCGAUGAGGCAAGCUGUCUUGAGGAUGAAACUUCCAGUCAGUCGCAUGAACGCCACAAUUUGAACCUUGAUCUCACAAUUUCAUUUCCUUCUCCUCGGGUCACCUUCUUCAAAGAGACCGGCGCUGGCACUGAGCUUUCGGCCAGUUGCAGAGAGAUCGAUUGUGGGGGUUCUCCAACCACACUUCUCCUCUUCAGAUAAUCAAAUGAUCAAGCCAAUCGAGCCUUAGUGAUAUUGAUUUAGCUAUGACCUAGCCCAAAUAUUUAUGUUGACUCUCGAGUAAUGCUAGGAUAUUGAUUAUUAAGCCAAAACGGGACUGAUCUACAAGGAACGAAGCCUGGAUUAUUGGAGGAAGGUACCCUGGGAAAUCCGGUGGAGAAGGAGGAGAUGGACCAACUAGAACUUGGUGUACAUAUAUACAGGUUCACAGUCCGAUCAUACGAGUCCAUAAUUACCUCGGAAAUUAUGCAUAUUACUCCAUUGCAAGCUGAUUCUGGGCCAAAGCAGAGCCAACAUGAGAGCAUAGGAAGGAGAUGUCGAGCUGAGGGGCAAGAAAAAAAUUUAGCCCGUUGACAGAGCUGAUCGAUCGGGAUUCAAGAGAAACAAUGCUCAAGAUCUUGGAGAAAUAUGUAUCGAUGCAUAUGGCAGAACUGUGUAAGGGUUUGUGAUAUCAAAUGACGACCUUAUUUUAGUAGGGAGCCUGAAGAUAUAUACAUCAAUUAUUUCUGAGGGGGAAGAGCAUGAAAAUUUCAGUGAAUUGCUCGCUCCUCUUCUCCUUAAUUAACAUGAUUUAUUGUAGACGAUAGAGAUUGGCUGAUGAUCAGUCUCCUUGUAAAGAUUGUUCAUCUUCUGAAAUAAUUAAUAUCAUAUUAAGUUUCCUUUAUGCAUA